AUGUCUGUCGAUUCCUGUUGUCCUCAUCGUGCUGAUAUCACGGUCAGCGUGCUGAAGGAAUCUGUGCAGGCCGAGUCAACGAUCCCGGCGGCCUCUCAGCACCUCUACCAUAACGGCCAGCUGCUCAACGAUGACUCGAAAACAAUGGAGGAGCUCCAGAUCGGAGACGGGGAGAUGCUGGCCUUGCACGUUCGGGACAUGGCGCGAGCAACUCAACCACAACCCCAGCCAGCACGCCAACAACCAAAUCAGCAGUCAAGAGGCGGACAGGGCUAUCCAGACCCAGAAACACUCCGGUUACAACUGCUGGGCGAUCCGUUGAUGAGACAGCAGGCGGCAAACCAACGGCCAGAGCUUGCGGCAGCGUUGGAGAGCCCCGAGAGGUUCGCCCAGCUAUUUCGCCAGAUGCAAGACAACGAGCGAGAAGAACAGGCCAGGCGGAGACAGCAAAUUGAGGAUUUAAAUGCGGAUCCAUUUGACAUCGACGCCCAAACGAGGAUUGCAGAGAUGAUUCGAGAGGAGCGUGUCCAGGAAAAUCUCCAAAAUGCUAUCGAGCACAAUCCAGAAGGUAAACGGUCGGUUAAUGGCCACGACGUGAAGGCGUUUGUCGACUCCGGAGCCCAGACGACAAUUAUGUCUCCCUCCUGCGCCGAAUCUUGCGGGAUAAUGAGGCUGGUAGACAAGCGGUUCGCAGGUGUUGCCCAUGGCGUGGGAACGGCCGCAAUCCUUGGACGAGUGCACUCGGCUCAGAUCAAAAUUGGCAGCUUGUUCUUGCCCUGUAGUUUCACGGUUAUGGAAGGAAAAGAUGUGGAUUUGCUAUUAGGCCUGGACAUGCUGAAGCGCCACCAAGCUUGUAUAGAUCUUUCCAGAGACAAGCUUGUCAUUCAGGGCGUGGAGGUUCCCUUUCUCGGUGAGGCUAACAUCCCAAAGCGUAUGGAGGAGGAGAGGGCCCAGGAGCCCAAAGUGGCUGGGCCAGGUGGGACUACAAUCGGAGGACAAACAGGAACAGUCUCUGGGCCAUCCAGCCAACAAGUACCGGCCACGCCUUCUCCUGCGCCUGCUCCUGCAUCUGUGCCUGCCCCUGCGCCUGCUACCCAGCCUCAGCAACCGUCAUACCCCGCGGAAUCAAUCGAUCAGCUUGUGGCAUUGGGAUUUUCACGGGAAGAAGCCGUCAACGCUCUUGCUGCAUGUGGCGGCAACGUAGAAUUUGCCGCGGGCUUGUUAUUCCAGGGUUGA